AUGGCUAAAGUUCUUACAACAGCUUCAAAAUGUGUGCCAAAUCUAAUUACUCUAUCAUCGAAAACAUCAACAAUAAAUAUUCGUUCAUUAUCACCAAUUCAUCGAUCAUAUUCAAUUGAACAUGGACGUUAUUCAUCAUUGAAUAAUAAUAUUCAUUCAAAUCAACAAAAUCAUAUAUCAAACAUAAAUAAAAAUCGAUUAUUACAACCGACUUAUUUUAUUUAUCAUGAUCCAAUAUUUAUAUCGAAACGAGGAAAUGCAUCACAACCUAAAGGAUUUUUUGGUUCAUUAAUAGAUAAUAUUAAAGAAGAAUUUAAUAAAAAUAAAGAUAUAAAAGAUAAUAUUAAAAAAUUUCGUGAUCAAGCAAAAAAACUUGAAGAUAGUGAUGCAUUAAAAGAAGCUCGAGAUAAAUAUGUUAGUUUUUAUGUUUAA